CACUCACUCAUUUCAAUCUUUCCACUCUGUAAAGAGAAAAAGAAAGAAAAACACACAUUCUUACAACAACAACACUAACACUAACACUAACAGACUAGACUGCAUUUAUUUCAGCACCCCUCACUAUUAUUGUUACACAUUUAGUUAGUAGAUUUGUACCCAAAAAGAAGCCAUCAUUCUCCAUAUCAUUAAUGGCCUCCACUCCAUUCUUGAUAAUAAUAAUGCUCACAUUUAUCUCUCUACUUGUCUUCGUCGUCUCUGCCCAGAAUUUCCCUUCUUCUACCAUUUCUGCUGCCCCUGCAACUCUUCCUUCUUCUGCUGCUUCUCCUCCGUUAAUGUCUUCUUCUUCUUCACCUUCUCCUUCUGCUGCAUUGUCUCCAGACAUUACUCCACUCUUCCCAUCCCCUUCAGGCAACCUCUCUCCUUCUGAGUCAUCUCUACCACUUAUCCCCUCAAGUCCCAGCCCUCCCAACCCGGAUGCACUCGAAGCUCCUGGUCCAGCUGCAUUUUCCCCCUUCCAGCCCUUGCCGGACUCCUCCUCCGUCAGGCUGGCUGACGCGGCGGCGAUGGUGGCGGCGGCGGCGGUGAUUGGUGGUGCUUGGGUCAUGACUACAGCUUUGGUUUAGUCAGCAGAAUUUGGAGUUUUAAGUGUAAGUUUGUUUAAUAUAUAUAUAUAUAUAUAUAUUAGGUAAUAUUUGUGAGCUUCAUUUGUUUCAGAGUAUAUUUAAUUUACCAUUUUGAUUGAUUCAUGAUUCUGUUGUAGCAUUACAAUGUACCACUCCAAAAAUAUCGAAGCAUUUUGAAUUGAAAUAAUUGUAUAAUGUAAUAUAAAUAGACGUUGAUGUGAUUUUUUAAUAUAA